CUUAGGCCUGAAAAAAGCUGCAAAAUUACUAGAAAUCAAAAAAAUAUUUCUCACAGGCGAAAACCUUUCGAAUGUAAAUUAUAAAACACAUUGCAAUAAGCCACAAUGUCUGACGGGCAACAACAAGACGCAAUGGCUAACGACGAGUCCUUCUCAUACUCGCCGGAAGUUGUGGAGAGCUACACCGAAAAAGAGACAGAUGAGGCAAUGCAGUUUAUUAAAGAAAACGAUCUGCCCAUGUCAGAUCUUCAUUAUGCUCUCAAAUAUAUACGCAUAUCGAAUCGCGCUGUUGAACUGGAUGACGAGUUCAAGGAAAUACAAAACCGUCUCAAGAAACUGCGCGAAGCGGACCAGGCUGUUGUCAGCCCACCGAAAUGCUGUCAAAGGGAUAUUAAUUUAUUGAACAAGGCUAAAAAAUGAUUUGUUUCAAUUCUUCAAACUGACCCAGUUAUGUAUUUCAGCACGCAAGGCUUAAAAAUCAAAAUAAAUAUUAAAAA